CCAAGAUCGAGCUGUCCAGUCUAGAUCUUUACCUGUCCAUCAGAAGUCACGAUGAAUAUCUUUUCCUUUGGAUGUGUUGCCACGGUUCUUCUCGCUGCUCUAGUUAAUGCAGGCGGUAGGGGAGGCGGACAUGGUGGCGGCAACGGAGGCGGCAAUUGGGGAAAAGGCGGGGGAUACCCAACAGGUUAUCCAGGAGGCAUGAGCGUUUAUCCCGGUAUGGGAGGCGACAUUUAUAAUGGCAUGGGAGUCAAUUCUUAUCCGGGUGGCAUGUGGGGACAAAGUGGAAUGGGUGGCAACUAUCCUUUUUACAGUGGAAUGGGCGGUGGAUACGGAGGAAUGGGCGGUGGACACGGUGGAAUGGGAGGUGGUUACGGUAUGAGACGAUACGGUAACAUGGGUGGCAAUUAUCCUAUUUACGGUGGAAUGGGCGGUGGUAACGGUGGAUACGGUGGAUACGGUGGAAUGGGCGGUGGUUAUGGCAGAUACGGUGGAAUGAACGGUGGAUACGGAGGAACGGGUGGAAUGGGCGGUGGUUAUGGCAGAUACGAUGGAAUGAACGGUGGAUACGGUGGAAUCGGUGGAAUGGGCGGUGGUUAUGGAGGAUACGGUGGAAUGGGUGGAAUGGGCGGUGGACAUGGUGGAAUAGGUGGAAUCAUCGGAAUUGGUGGUAUCGGUGGAACCCGUGGUAUGGGAGGCGGCAUUAGAAGCCGAUACCAACAUGGAACCAGUGGACAAAAGGGUAGACGGAGCUACUAACCUGUCGUGACGCUAAUACACAUAGACACGGCGGACAUACCAUACAUCCUGACUCUACUUCAAACAUAGAUAUAUCUCAUUGUAUCAAUUUAUGUCAAUAAAAAAAUAUUUAUUAUGAAAGAA